UGCGCUGCUUACCCCGCGCCAGUCUGUGCGCGCGCCUCGACGUGCGACCGCGGCCUCCGCACACCCGUCAUUUAACGCGUCACCAUGCCUCUGUUUUCCGAACACAUUGCGAAUAUGUAUUACGGGUCAUCGUCGCCGUACACUGGAUUACCUUACAGUUACAGCAGCAGUUCAGUGCCCUCUCUUGGAUCGUCUUACAGUGCUCCUUACCUCAAUCCUGGAAGCAGUUACAGCGGUCAUUCGUCUUUAGGUAGUUACUCUCGUGCACCGUUGUCCUCAAGAUGGAUAACCAGUUCCGGAAGAAAUUAUUCACCUAUGCUUACAACAAUUUCCGAAAGAGGAUCUGCAAGCCCUAUAAGAAUAAAUAGCCCGCGAAGAAUAGCGAUUUCUUCAAGAACAUACGGUACUCCAACUUACACGCCACGGCCUGUAAACAUAAACACAGCUGACAUAGAUGUGUCUAGAGACAGAUACAGAAAUAGAGUAGAGCCUUCUAAACCGGAAGCUCCUACACCGGAGCCUCCUAAGCCGGAACCUUCGAAACCAGAUACUUCGAAAGCAGAUGCUCCUAAGCCACCAGAGACAGAAGAUGAAAAUGGACCAUUUAUGCCUCGAGUUGAUGGAAAGCCAGAAACUGGAAUAGAUUCCUCUCCAGGUAUACAGAGGAGUACUAUAAAACGUGGAAGAACUGUUGUGCGACUUUACACAGUAAAAAGGAAUUCUCCUCGUAAGCCCGCUGAUGAGUUACAGUCAGCAGAUAGUACACAAAAUCAAGAAACAGAAACAAAUAUAGUCGAAGAUGCCAAAAUAGAAGAAAAAGAAAACUUAAAAUGGAGAGAAAAACUAUCGGAUGACUUAAUGUAUAAAGAUAAAAGAGAAAAGAAAACUUUGGGUGCAAAGUUAGUAGAAAAAUUCCACGUUGGUGAGCGGGAAACUGAAUCGCCAACUAGAGUUAAAAAGAAAGAAACAGAUGUGUCCCAAAGUUUACCGGCAACGCCAUUAGAUCAUCUUAAUGUAACUGAAAAUAAAUUUUCGGAUAGACGAUGUUCUAUGGAACUUUUGGCAGAACAAGCUAAUUUAUUAGAUUCAUUAAUUAGAGGCGAAAAUCUAAGUACAGCAACAUUGGAUUUGAGUAAAGUAGGCGUCGUUACUGAAGGCAAAACUAAAAAUGAAACGCGUGGGUCUGUUAAACGCCGAAGUCAAGAGAACUCGCAGAACCCCUUAAAAACUACGAAAUCCGACCACUCUUUACAUAAUACUUUAAAUUCUUACAAAGAUGUUAGAGACCCAAGAAGCAAUUCAAAAAGACGUAGUAUUAAAAAGUCAUCAUCAGGAAGUUGUCUUCGUAGAUUGGAUUCCAUUACUGAGUUUCCAAAGGAAAUAAUAAACGUAGAUUUGCCCGCAAUUGAAGAAAAAGAAACCAGAUUGCCAGAAAAGCAAGAAAAUAUCGCGCAAAAACCGAAACCUAAAUUAAAAACAAAAAUUACAACUUCUGUUGAAGUUUCUUCUGCGCCCCUUAGUCCACUUAAAUUUAAGGUUGAAAAUAUAACGGUAGAGGAAAAACCAAAAAUACAAAAGAAAGAAAUCAUAUACAGUAGUGAAGUUGUAGAAAUUUCCUUGAAAAGUCCUAAAAUACCACAAAAAGUUACUGAGGAAAACAAAGAAAUCAGUAAUAUCAAGAAAAAGAUAAACGUUGGAAAUAUUGUAGAGUCACCUGAACCUGAAGAUGGUAACUUUUGGAAUAAAAUAGGCAAAAGGGAAACUGUUUACUUAAUGAAGAGGAAACAAAAUUUGGAGGAGGUUAAAGAAAAGAAUAAAAGAGCAUUGUUUUGGUUCCCUGAAGAAGAAGAGGAGAAAGCUAUUACAGAACAUUUGGAAACAGAUCCUGCUAAAAGUUUAGAAUCUAAUUCAAAUGCAGAUAUUACAAUUGCUGGUGCAAAUGCUAAAUUAGAUUCAAACUUGUCAGAUGAACCCAUUAUACAAAACAAAAGUGAAGAUUUAGCUACAGCGCAUGAAAAUAUUUUACCUUUCCUCCCCAAACCAGAAUGUAUUGAAGAAACAAAAGUAGUAAAAGAAAGUAAUGUUCCAAACGAUUCAGAGGCGCAAAAUAAAGCUAAUGUUGAUAAAGGUGUUCCUACAAUAAUUCCAGAAGUUAAACCAUUUGUAAUUAAAGAAACAAAUGUUGAUGUUGCUAAAGAAAGUAGAGAAGAUAGCAAAGAAGUAAGAAUCUGCCCCGAAUGCAAGAAAAUUGGUAAAAGUGCGUCUUUAGAGUCUGUAGACGAGAACAAAGUGAAAAAGCAAAGCCAAAAGAAGACGAAAUCGGAGAAAGCUAAGAAAAUUGUAAAGUCAAGUAAAAGCUCGGAUACGAAACCGCCAACGCCAUUGUUGCCAAAACCUAGUACACAGACAAAUGUAUUUAAAAAACCAGAGUCUCCAACAGUCACACAAGGCGUUAUUCAAACUAAACUUUCGCAGCAAAGUGAAAGUAAAAUGGUGGAUGAAAAGAAAGAAGUUAUUAAAGAUUCUUGUGUUGUCUCUCCUAAAAUUGAAGCUGAAGUUGAAAUACUUGCACAGUCACCAGUUAAUAAGCCUGAGGAAUCAACCAAACAAACUAAGGAUUCAAGCGGUGAGCUGCAACAGAAAAAAGUCGCUGACGUACCUCCCAGUGACAAAUUAGCAACUCCUAAGACAACUUUGAUCUCAACUGACACCUCAAAUAUCUUAGAACAAAAAGAUGUUAAAUACAAUAAGCCAGCCGUUUGUGAUAAUAGUAAUAUUCCUCAAGUUGAUAAGACUGAUGCUAAAGUUUUAAAUACCUCCACCAAUCCCCCAGUUGAAAAUAAAGAAACGCUAUCAAAUAAUGUGCCUAUUUCAGCUAUAAAUAAUGCUACUGAUAAAACAGUCGUUUCCAAAGCUACCAAUUUAAAUAACAACAAUAAAUUACAAGUGAAAAGUUCACCUGAAUCUAAGUCAAAACCAAUUGCACAAGUUAAGAAUGAUAAGACUGAUGAAAGAGUUAUAAAACAAACUAUAACACCUCUUAUGAAUGAACAACCAUCGACAUCUUCAGGGGCAACAACUUCUAAGCCAGCGAUAUUGGGAAUAAAUUCACCCAACGUUGUUUUACAGAAAACCGCUAGUAGUUCAAACGAUUGUAACUCGCUUGAAAUCACGAAACCUAAUGAUCUUGAUACAAAAGAAGUGAUCUUAUCACUAGACAUUCCAAACAAAGAAAUCGAAGUUAAAAUUGAAUUAGCAGUACCGAUUGAGGCUAAGACAGGAGAGGAAAAUAAGGCUGAAAACAUUAUCCAAAAAGACGCACUACCAGAAACAUCGCAAGAAGUUAUGCCAACGGUUUCAAAAUCGCCGAAAAAACCAGUAAAGGAAGAAAAGGCUGCGAGGCCUUUAAUAGCGACUCCACGUCCAUUACAAAAGAAAGCUCCUCAAGUAAUACACUCGUCAGACUCAUCAGACACCUCUUCAGAGGAAGAGUCCUCGGAUGAAGAAGACGAUGAAACGGAUGCCAGUGAAGAUUCCGCGGAAUUCUACGAAUGUGAUAACAAUACUGAUGGUAGGACCUCCACGGGUUCUAAUGACUCCGGCUUCGAUUCUUCAGCCCCUGCGUCCCCCGCUACAUUUUCACAAAUCAAAAAAGGUGGCGACGCGCCGGGCACGUCGGGCGCUGCGCCGGCGCACUCCAAUAACACCGACAUCUCGGAACAGGAGCUCGAGCAAUCCACUGCCUACGAUAUCUUCAAGAAAACUGGUCGGUUCACACCGCCUGCGCGGUCCAUCCCUCGCUUCAGGAAGUACACCGUUGAGGACUUCCAAUUCAUCAAAGUGCUGGGAAAAGGCAGCUUCGGAAAGGUGUUGUUGGCGGAACUUCGCGACACAGAAUAUUACUACGCUGUAAAAUGUUUAAAAAAAGACGUGGUUUUAGAAGACGACGACGUCGAGUGUACAUUGAUAGAGAGGAAAGUUCUCGCACUUGGCACCAACCAUCCUUACCUCUGCCAUUUAUUCGCCACUUUCCAGACAGAUUCUCAUCUGUUCUUCGUGAUGGAGUACUUGAACGGCGGUGACUUGAUGUUCCACAUCCAACAAAGUGGAAGGUUCCCAGAAUUGCGCGCGCGGUUCUACGCCGCCGAAAUAGUAUCGGGACUUAAGUUCCUACACAAGAGGGGCAUUGUUUACAGAGACUUAAAAUUGGACAACAUUUUACUAGACUUCGAAGGCCACGUCCGUAUCGCGGACUUCGGAAUGUGCAAGCUCCAGAUAUACCUGGACAAGACUGCCGACACUUUCUGCGGCACCCCAGACUACAUGGCGCCAGAGAUCAUCAAAGGUCUGAAGUACAAUCAGACCGUGGACUGGUGGUCUUUCGGCGUGCUGCUGUAUGAGAUGCUGAUAGGCCAGAGCCCGUUCAGCGGCUGCGAUGAGGACGAGUUGUUCUGGUCCAUUUGCAACGAGAUGCCGUCUUACCCGCGCUUCCUAUCUCAAGAGGCGCUCACCAUACUAACCAGGUUAUUGGACAAAGACGCGCGGACGAGGCUGGGCGGCACCGAGUGCAUGCACGGCGAGAUCCGCGACCAGGACUUCUUCCACCCCAUACACUGGGACCGCCUGGAGAGACGAGAGCUGGAGGCACCCUUCAGGCCCCGAGUGCGACAUCCGAUGGACACGCAGUACUUCGACCGAGCGUUCACGGGCGAGCGGCCGCGCCUCACCGCGGUCGAACCCCACGUACUGCGCUCCAUGGACCAGGAACCUUUUAGAGGAUUCUCCUACACCAACCCCAACACUACGGAUCGCUAAACUACACUCUAACACAUAGAGCGUUGGUUGAAAUUCCUUUGUCACGUUAAGCAGGCGAUACACGGGUGUAGGUUCAUACGUACGUUCGAUGCGUAGACGGUGACAAGAUUGGUGAUUGUAUGUCCCGCUGGGCGGUAGUAAGCAUUGGCAGUUAAGUUUUCGUAGUUAUAAUAUAUAACUAUAGCACCCCAUAAUUAGAAACUGUAAUUUAGAAUGGGUGAGAAUCCUUCUAUUGUUUUCAUAAGUAUGGGCCAAUUGUAAGCGUUGCGAAUCGGUACCUACAUAGAGAUAAAAUCAUUUGAAAUGCAUAUCAAUUAAAACGUUAUGUUAUUGUGUCUGGUACACGAAUUGUAUUGUUAUAUGGUAUAGGUGUUAGAUCUAAGGGCCGUAAUACACACGCUGCAACUCGCAUCUUGCGUAAUAAAUAUAAAUUAUUUUAUUAAAUCUUGAAUCGGUAAAUUAUAAAUCAUAAUAUUUAAUUUAUCGAAUUAGUACAGCUUGUGUGUUACAAGGCUAAACGUUAGUGUAAAAAAAAGUUUUAUACGUUCAGUGAAUUAUUUAUUGUAUCUUUUACUGCAACAUUUAUAAUGUAUCAUUAUAUUAUCUGAUUGGUUUAAACUACUUUAAAAAUGUACUACGACCUAGUCGUAUUUAUAAAUAAAUGUAACAUUCAUUUUUGUUUAAAUAGGUAGAACCAGUAGCUACUGCUAUUGUAACUUCAUGAUAUAUCAACAAAUAUUCAGUUAACUAGUGUAUUAAUAAUUUAAUUAAUAUCGUAAUUGCAUAGUAUGAAAUUAUACCAAAGAUAGUUUGUUCGGAUUGUACAUUGUUUGUUGGAUAAUAAAUUACAAAUACCAA